UUCAACUGUCCCUGCUGCUUUAUAAGUCGAAAUGCUUACUGCUAUGAGUUAUUAUAUUAAGCAAGCAUAUAAAUUCAGACUAGCCAACAAAAAGCCUGAUUAGGCUGUACCAGUGUGGCUAUGGGAAUAAUUGCGUCUGCGUCACACCUGUCAACUAGCUCCGUUUGCUAACUGUUAGCUAGCUUGUCGUCCCUCUCGGUGUGUUCUUCCGUGAAAUCCUCGACGAUUUACCUCCCAGUGAGAUUCAGAGGAUUACAGUUUCACUUGUCUAAACUCAAAAACUGGGUGUGAAGGGAAACAGACUUAGACCCAGUGACACCAAAGCCACAUCUGACACCUGAUAAGGAGCUUGAGCGCGGCAUGGACACCAGCAGGCUCAGAGCCAAAGAUACUAUUCAUGAUGAGGGCUGAGAGUGCUGAGAGAGGAGUCAAUGCAGAGAUGAGCACUACUGCUGCAGCAGAGAGGGUCAGGAAGUUUACAGCCAAACGAGGGAGGGAAGGAUUCAUACUCCACACACAGAUGGAGGAGAAAAUGAAGAGAACAGAGGAAGGAAACAAGGUGAAAAGGCUCUUUACACACAUGACUCCAUGCCCUACUCAUCAAAGAUGUGAGACUCAUGGCUGGACUGAGACUCAGCACUGAACAUAUCCUUGCUACUGGGUGGACAGACAGCGGUUUUGUACCUUCUCUGUCCUCUGGAUCAUAUCACAGCAUCAAUCUCCACUGCUUGCCAGGUUUAUAAUGUAAUCCAGCUUUACACUCGGACUUCACAGUGAGCACAGAGAGAUUAAAUCAGCUACAGGUUUGAAUGGAUUGCCAGUCCGGAAAUUUACUGUUAGCUCAUUAAACCAUCCUGGGCUGUGUAGUUUGGUCCACUGGUCUACACUUUUAUCAUAUUUCAAAGUCAUUACUCAUCGAUGAUGGCAAUCCCACAGUAAAUUUGAUAGAAGGGGAAAUGACACUAUCAUAGUUUUUAUUCUUGGCAGAUGAUGUGGUAAUGUACGCUGUGUAGUUAUGAUGGCUGUCGCCACAUCUCCAGAGAAGGAUCAACCUCUCCUCCAGCUCCAGAAGGAGGACUCUAGCCGAGUUGGAAGUUGUGCCCUCUCUCCAGUCCUCACCUCCUCAUCGGAAUCAAGCCAGCCCAUUUGCAUCCCCUCCCCUUACAAUGACCUGGGCCACGAGUUCACCUCCAUACCUAUCUACAGUCCAACUAUCUUCAGUUAUGCCGCUUCGGGGAUAUCAGACUGUCCCUCCAUCCAUCAGUCAAUAACUCAAUCCUUAUUCUGGCCCAGCCAUGGCCAUGUGGGGGCUCCUAUAUCUCUGCACCACUCCCAGGCUCAUUCCCAGCACAGAGAGCAGUCUCCAUCUCCAUGGGUGGAGCUGUCACAGCUGGAAACUUACUUAAAAAGCAGUAAGAGUGUAACAGACGUCGUUGUGAGGAGACGUUCUCAGGAGAGCGAGGAGGACGUGGUGUCAUCUGGUGGAAAGGCAGACCUCCACUACUGUGCUGUGUGUCACGACUAUGCCUCAGGAUACCACUACGGCGUCUGGUCCUGUGAGGGGUGUAAGGCCUUCUUCAAGAGGAGCAUCCAAAGACACAAUGACUACAUCUGCCCUGCAACCAAUCAAUGCACCAUAGACAAGAACCGCCGUAAGAGCUGCCAGGCAUGUCGCCUUCGCAAGUGCUAUGAAGUUGGCAUGACCAAGUGUGGUAUUCGAAAAGAACGUGGAAACUUCAGGAGUCCUCAGACGAGGCGAGUGUCCAGACCGUCCUCCCAGAGCAGAACUAGCAUACCGGGAGUGCUAAAUGGUCCAGCAGAGCCUUUGUCGACCACAUCUGACCCUCCUGCACUGACCCCAGAGCAGCUGAUAGAGCGUAUUAUGGAGGCUGAGCCGCCAGAGAUCUACCUCAUGAAGGACAUGAAGAAGCCGCUGACUGAAGCAAACGUCAUGAUGUGGCUCACCAACCUGGCUGAUAAAGAGCUGGUUCACAUGAUCACUUGGGCCAAAAAGAUUCCAGGGUUUGUGGAGCUCAGUCUUUUGGACCAGGUGCACCUGUUGGAGUGCUGCUGGUUAGAGGUGCUGAUGGUGGGACUGAUGUGGAGGUCGGUGGACCAUCCAGGCAAACUAAUCUUCUCCCCUGACCUUAGCCUGAGCAGGGAGGAGGGGAGCUGUGUCCAGGGCUUCGCUGAGAUCUUCGACAUGCUGGUCGCCGCCACGUCCAGAGUGAGAGAGCUGAAGCUGCAGAGGGAGGAGUACGUCUGCCUCAAGGCCAUGAUCCUCCUCAACUCCAACAUGUGCCUUAGCUCUUCAGAAACUAGCGAGGAGCUGCAGAGUCGCACUAAGCUUAUGAGUCUUCUCGACACUGUGACGGACGCUCUGGUGUGGGCCAUCGGCAAGACCGGCCUCACCUUCCGCCAACAGUACACCCGCCUCGCUCACCUGCUCAUGCUGCUCUCACACAUCCGCCACCUCAGUAACAAAGGCAUGGACCACCUCCACUGCAUGAAAAUGAAGAACAUGGUGCCUUUGUACGACCUGUUGCUGGAGAUGUUGGAUGCCCACGUCAUGCACAGCUCCCGUCUGCCUCGCCGACGCCCCCAACUGGACUCUGAGGGCCAGAAGGAGGCUCCUGCCCAGCCAAACAGCCCUGGUAGCGGGCCCUCAAAUACUUGGACUCCCAGCAGCACUGCAGGUGGAGGUGAACCACAGUAAGUGGUUACUCUUACUGUGGUAAGAGUAACCACUAGUUAUGACUAGAGUAACUAGUGGUUACUCGUGGUUACCCAGUAAAGUAAAAUCAAAAUGCUUUGCACUUUUCACAUGACUGAUGAGACUUUUCCUGGAACUUUCUACCAAGCACUUAAACCUUUGAACUCUCAUUGGUGAAUUUAAAGCUUUGGCACUCUUGUGCACUAACUGAUGAACUUUUCUCAUCAGAUAGACCAAACCUGCCAUACUCAUUGCCUUACCUUACCUUCAUGAAAAGCCGGAUUGGAACAGGAGGGAGAGAAAACUUCCUUUUCUGCCUCUUUUUCAUCCAGUAGCACCAGCACUUGCUUAAAUAUUGGUGUCAUAUGUAGCUUUCAUGAUUCUUUUAGGCUUAGCAGCUUAUUUCAGAGCAGAUAAACCGUACCAUGUUCCAACAUGAGGUGGUAUUGAGUAAGUCAUAUCUUUAGGAGAUAUUAGAAUGUGAGUUUGACAGAAAUCUCAGUUUUAGUCCACGAGUAAAUAAAAAACAUGAAGAAAUACAAACCAGAAGUGACUCUUUCAAAGAAUAAUGAAGAGUCCAUGCAGGCACAUUUUCAUAUCAUCAAUAUCAGUGACCUGUUGCACCAGUUAUGUGUAAGUUGUGGUUGAUAAACCCGAAAAAAGCCUACAUUAAAAGGUAGGUUCUUGACUAGUAGAGUGUUCCUUUUAUGAAAUGCCAAAGUGUGAACAAUGACCAGCACCAGUCCAGUACAGUCUGGAGCUGUAAUCCAUGUAUAAGAUUGAUUUUAUACCAUUCAAAUGAUCAUAUUUCCUGUUUUUCUGGGUCUUUUGACACCAAACAAAAACUGUAAAAGAUGUUGAAAAUCACAAUUUCCGCAAAAAUGAAUUGCAAUUUGUAGUUUUGUUUUCAUGCUAUUGUGUGACAUGUACAUGAGUACAUGAUGGCAUCACACUGGCAUGAUUUGGGACUUCUAAGGAUUAAUGCAAACAUGAAAUCAGCCAGUCACAUGGCAGGAACUAUCAUACAUCCGUAUCUAGACAUGGCCAAAGGAAUCUUCUGAAGUUCAACCGGGACAUUUGAGCCAUUUUGUGGCAAAUAAAGCGAUCAGUUAAUGUUGAUAAUUAUGAAGGAAAACAUUGUUAGACAUGCUGAAAGAUUAUAGAAAAGAAAUCAAGAGUUGAAAGCUAGCUGAAAAAAGCUUUGCUGCAUCACAGAAGACCACAUGGUGGUGCUUUAUAGCUCACAUGUAAAGGCCUUUUCCUCACCACUCUUUUGUGUUCUGUGCAGUUCAGGAGUUUCUCCUCAGUCCUAUUUCUGUCUUUGACUUCUAAUUCUUGAUUUCAAACAUCCUCUUGCCCUUUGAAAUAGUUAGAAGGAGUAGGAGGACAACCCUUCAAUUUCCUGAUGCUUCAAUACAACCAACAAUAUCAAACAUUUCUACCCCUCGAAAUCUUGUUACAUUGAAACAUUAAACAAGAUCGAUGUUGUCAUUUUCAAAUCUUGUUUUUACUUUGCAAGACAUUUUCUAUAACAUUUGGUUUAGAAAAAAAUUCUGUUUGACGGCCAUGCAGCCCUCACACUUCACCCUACUUCUCUUUGAAGCUGUACACCCUAGAUGUUAGGGUUAGGACUAAGUCCUUGGGGCAGGGAGUGUACUUGGACUGAGCCAGUAUCAUACCUGUGAACAAUCAAAACCACUAUUUCUCUUAAGACAACGCUGCACUCAAAGCCAUGAAGUUUUGCUUGAAGAAAAAGGAAAUACUUUAUUUUUUGCUGCAGUGGCCUUGGUAUGCACAGUUGUGAUGCGGCUUCAACAAUCAGGAUCACUGCAAGAACCAUGUAAUAUAUUCAAAGAUGUAGAUUUUAAAAACAUCUUGAUAUAAACUUCACUAAUUCAGUUCUUUUUUUUACGCUAGACAUGGAAAACUGUCUCUGUGUAUCCACUGUGUGCUUUGUGUUCAUCUCUUUAGAUGUUUGUCUUACUAUAUCUGGUCUAUUUUGAGGACAAGAUGCCACUAUCUUCAGCUAAGCUGCUUGUUACCUUGGGUUCUCAGUCUUGUAUCAAAGCAAGUUGCGCCUUCAGUUGCUUCUCUCCAAAGUUGAGCCCAAAUCUAAUUUAAAAAUCUCCAAAUCAGACACAGAUUUAAAGUGAAAUUUUGGUCAUUUCUGUCCUAAAACUUUCUUAAUGAUGUUACAGUGCUGAAGCCUCUUUGAUGUGGAAAACUCACCUGUUUUUUUCUAAAGGAAAUAUUUUUGUCAUACUCAGGUUGUCAAAUUUUUCCAUUCUCUAUUGUCCGAAAAAGGCCUAUAGAAACCUAAACACAUGUCUAUGACUCACUAUAUUUCUACAAGCCAUAUGUUUCUUCAUAUUUGAUAAAACUUUACUAUUCUUGGCUGCUUCAUUCUAUUUCUACUUUUUUAGUGUUUACUGCUUUGAAAUGAUUGCCUUUACUUUCUUUUUGAUUCUGCACAACAUUGCCCAAAAUUGGAGAGAAUAAGCUAGAAAUAAGCAGACCAGCAGAUGUUGAAAGCAGUGAAGGGCACAUUAUUCAGCAAAAGCCAGAGUAAAGUGGGGUUAACAUGGGUGAGCAUUGCUAAGCUAAGGUCAGAUGUCAUUCUAAUUACUUGGCUAAAUGGAGGCACAGGGUGUCAAAUCUAACAACUGCAUGCUAUCUUUUAAAAACUGCAGCAUUCUCAGUCUGUUUGUAAACUUAAUCUCACGUAUGCCUUGAAAAAUCAUCAGGGAAUUAUUGAAUCUGCUAGUCCUGGUUUUCAUAUGUAACAUUGAAUGCAGAUGAUGGUGUGUUCUCACUGUUUGUUUCUACAUCAUCAAAUAAAGACGACAUGUACAGAU